GCUCAAAUUUCGUGUGACAACGGCCAGACGAAGACGAUCUCUCUGGUAAAAUUAAAAAGCAUCCUGGUCCUUGAAAAAAAUGCGCACUAUGAUCGUGCACAUCAUGUCGGUGGAGUAGAAGUUGUGUAGCCGCAAGGUUAAGAUCAAAAAAUAACUUUUGUCGGUGAUGAAGAUCAUUAGAAAUAAGCUCUUAACGCAGAAACACAAAUCGGAUCAGCAUUUUCCGGUAGUGCUUGGACGAAAUGGAAAUAGCAAGGGUAGCGCAUUUUUACCACGCGGACGUCCAUCCAUCUUGUCACCUGAUACAACUACAGUUCCCAUUUACAACAACAUCAAUUGCCAAGGUAUUUUUACAUUUUGACAAGAAAACAAACGCAUAGCUGCUAAUUUUCCAUAACGAGUCUUCAACCUGAUUCUAUUCUUCUAAGUUUUCUUUUACUUUUUAGCGAGAGCACUAUCACGACCCUACAAAAUCUUCCCAAAAUAUUAAUCGAGUUGUAUUUUCUCUCUGCUCCGAUUUUUAAGAGCGUACUUUUGCCUGUGAACGACCUCUUCGCGGAUCAUAUUCUAUCUUGACGACUUUUUUUUCUCAAAGCCAGACCAAAUCAACAGUACAAAAAAUGUCUCCUGCCACUACCUCCACGACUGCUCUUGCGACUUCCUCUCUUUCCAACAUGAGGACGCAGGGCAAAAAUAGCCGAAGAGCCCCAGGUGCAGGGACGAGCAAGAACUUGCUCACCGCACCAGCAGCCGCACUGUCGCUGCUGCUGCUGGCCGACCAAGCAAUCGCGGGGUGGUACACGUGGAUUGGCGGCGUCUACUGCUACUGUAUGCAUUACAAAAUUAUCCAUCGUACUAGUUGUAUAAAUUGCAUUACAAAUUUGCUCAGCAUGAGAGCUGGCAUCUGUCAUGCUGUUUUACCUUAAGGACAAGAUUUGUCAUACAUGAUUGCAAUUAAUGAUAAUAGUACGAGUGCGAUACGUUUGCAAUGCAUAUACUGCUACCGGGAUAGGUUCCUCAACACGCACUGCCAUCCGGUUGACGAGAAUCCAAACUAUGGGUUGCGGUUGCUCUGGCUCUGGAUCCUGCUCAUCCUGUUGAUCAUCAUCUUCGCCAUUGCUAUUCCCGUCUGGUGCUGCUACAGAGGCCCGGUCUAUGAGGAAGAGGUAGAAAUUUGUGUUGCGUGAUGUAUACAACAAGAACUUCAAGUAGUUGUAGAUGUCAACAUCAUGAUCAUUCUUGCAUUGGUUCUACAUGUUGACAAAAAAUGAGAAUGAAAUAGAUCAUGAAACAAAUACAAAAAACAGAUCGUCUACGCGGAGCCAGCGCAGCCGGUGGCAUACCAGCAGCAGCCGCAGUACGUAGUCUACGCCGGGGAGCAAAGCGACGAUGACGACUUUGUGUAA